AAUUCCAAAAGUGUCACACCGGGUUGGUGCUGGAGGGGAAGCGAUGGUCUCUGGUUUCGCACCGAGGAAAUUUUCCUGUUAUGCGGUGCUGCUGGGAGGAUAACGGAGUCCACAUUUGGUGUAUCGGAUGAAGAGAGUCUGGAGCUGAGGAGCAGGACACGCGCGCAGGAAAGAGACUCCCGGUGCUCUUGAAGACAUGGCUCUCACUUUCCAUCGCGUGCACCAUGUUUCUCUCCCGCUGCUGCUGCUCUGGCUGCUUGUGUCCGCGAGCGCGCUGGAGAUGAUGGACCAACACGCACCUGAUGUCAUCUGUAGCGAGGGUUUGACUGACUGCCACAUGAGCAAAGCCUCUCCGUUCGCUGCUGCCCUGCCCCCUCCAGAUGAUACCGUGAAUGUCAGAGAUGUGCAGCUCAAAGUGAUUCUAUGCUGUGCGGCCAAAAACGACUGUGCACCUUGCCUACAAAUCAUCAUCGCGGUCAAAGAAGUGGAUUAUGCAAUGGAGGUUUCUGAGGGGUCCGUUGACCACGGUGAUGAAGAGGAGACUGAAUCAAAGGGGAGUGGUCACUCUGUGCUACCUGAGCAAAGAGCUUUGGUGAUAGUGUGUCUCAGCUUCGCAGCAACGGCUGAAUAUUGCAGAGCACUCCACUUUAAACCAAACUACUCUGGUUUGGCUUCUUCUCAACAGCCCACACACAAGCUGCUGUUGUCAGAGGAAGUGUCCUUUGGGAGUGAAGUUGUCGUCCAAGUCUAUGGACAUUCAAAGGGAAAGCACUACAUUCAAAAUAUCACAAUCCCACCUAUAGAGAAAGUUUGCUCCGUGAACCUAGAUGGAAUUGUGAAGGAAUGUGAUGCGCCCAGAUUGCGAGCUGUGACUGAUCAUCAGAGAAAUGUGGUCCUUCUACAACUGGAAACCGCUGAUGACAGACGACAGGAGGUCAUGUACCGGCUGGUCUGGAAUGAUGUGCCUGGAGAGGUUCUUGCAUGGCCUGAAAAGAAGAGAGAAUUGGUCAUUUCGGCAAACUAUGUAGCACCAUGCCUAUGCUUCCAGGUAUGGUGGAAGGGGAAGGAGCUUCAAAGAGAAUUCUGCCCUUUCAAACACCAACAAGACGCACUGAAAAGAAUGCAGCACAAUGUUUCCGUGUCUGUGGUGGAGUCUCAGAUGAGGGAGGGGAGUCCAGCGCUGAGCUGGAAUGUGACUGCCCCCUGCAGACUGGAGGCGGAGGUGUGGCUGUGCAAGAAAGACCUGGCAGGAGGCCAGUGUGACGAGGUGACGGGCUCCAGACAGAGACUGCACAACCACACUGGCUGGAGUGCAACACGCAGUGGACACUGGAAAACAGGAGAGUUCAAUGUGUCGUCACAUCCUCUGCUUUGUGUUCAGAUAAAGAUACAUGGGAUGAUGUCAAACUUAGAGCCCCACUGUCCAUUUACAACAUCACGAUGGAGGUGGAGCCUGCCGCUCCUCAUCGGACUACUACUGGUGUGUUUGGCCAUACUAGGAGCUUAUCUCAUACAAGGGGUCCUAAAAGGCUACAUGUGGAGAUGGUUGAAAGAAGAUGAUGUAAAAGGUGCUGUGGGUGGUGGUCAUGUGGUGCUGCUGUACCUACGUGAUGAUGAACAGGCUCUGCCAGAGCUGAUGAGUCACCUGGGCUCAUCUCUCCAAGCCCUGGGCUUCACAGUGUCUCUGGACCUGUGGAGCCAGGCUGAGCUCAGCGUGCUGGGCCCCGUGCCCUGGCUCCACUCAAGACUGAACCGACUGCAAAGGCAGGGGGGCAAAGUGGUGCUGGUCCUAACCCAGGCUGCCUGGAUAAGGGCUGAAGAAUGGGGAGCACGGAGCUGGGAGAGACCUACUCCCAAUGAGAGGAACAAGGAGGAGGAAGAGACAGGAAAAAGCUACAUUGCUUCUUCUCCCUGCGUAGAUGUUUUUACGGCUUCAUUGAGCUGUAUUCUAGCAGACUAUUUACAGGGCCGUGCUGGUGAGCGGUUCAUGUUGGCACAGUUUGAAUCACUUCCACCUGAGCCUCCGGGUGGUUUCCGGCCGCUGCCAGAACUUUUCCGCGGCCUUCAUGUCUACAGCCUCCCCUCUCAGAGCCUGGGUUUUCUGACUGAACUGGCAGGGGCUCGGCAAAUGGCUACUGCAUCAGCCAGACGGAAAAGAGCAGGGGGGCUCAGGAUAGCAUCUCGAGCCCUGGCACGAGGGCUGUCGGGGUUCACAGCAGGGACAACUGUGUUACGCCUUGCAGGAGUGUCCCAGAGUUGUGUUGGGGUAGGAGCAGAGGACUCUGGGGAAACUGUGCCUUUACAGCCCUGUCUUAUUACACCCCCCUCCAGCCCUGACUCAGGCCCCAAGGUCAAUGAAAUGGACUGGGUCUGACAGCAGAGGAGGAUGACACAGGACUAAAUUUUAGUUAUGGGAUGAGAAGGCAGUAAUGACUUGAAGUGACACUGAAAGAUGUUCAGAUAAAUCCAUUUGCAGCUUUUGCAUUUGCAGGGGUCUAGUGGUUUUUGAAAAAAGCACAACACAUUUAAACCUCACUCUACUUAAAGUAGCUUUUAGAAAAAAAAAACAUUACAGUUGAUACACAGUGCAUGGUCUGCGAUGUAUUUCAAAAACAGCAUGCCUUAGUAGGCUACCAAAAUUAUACUUAAAUACAAAAGAAUCUCAGUGUGGCAAAUAGCACCAUUGUAUUUGUCCUGACACUAUAUUACAACAAGUCACUGUGUGUGUUUGACAUAUUUACUCGUAUUUGACUUUGUGCAUGCUCUUUGUAUAUAAAAUCACUAGAAUUGAAGGAAAAAAAGGUAUUUUCUUUCUCUGACCAUAUAGACUACAUAUAUAAAUUCAAUUGCUUUGUCCAGAUGAGUCCAUUUUAUAUUGUGUUUUGUCUUACUAUUUAAAGUGGGAUGGAAUAAAGAAUCUGUCUGAAUCAUA